GAGAACUGAAGCAACCGAAAAGAGAACUGAAGCAACCGAAAAAAGAACCGAAACAACCGAGCGAGACGCAGAAAAGACAAAAGAGGACAGUGAAUCCAGAGGGGACGAGGAAGAAGCCCCAGGGGACGGAAGCAAGGACCAGGAUCAAAACCACAAUGCCCCAGAUGCGAAGCCAGACUUGCCGAAAACACCAGGCCUGGCCAGCACAGACUCCUCACUGGCUACCGAGGCCCCCGCAGAGACCUUGACGUACAACAGUGAUCUCAAACGGGACUUGAUGCCGUACUUGAAGAAAGCCCGGCUCGACACAGAGAUGGAGUUGAACCGCAUUCUACAGGAGCGGUUCAGAGAGGCCGCAGCGGCCAAAACGGAGGAAGAGGUCUGAGAGGAAGGAUUCUGUGGAGCCAAAAAAAAAAAAGCCUGGAGAGCUGAUGCCGAUUUUCCGAGCUUUUAGAGAUCAAGGCCCCAAUUGGCACCCCAGCUGGUGCUGCCGCGCUUCUCGUCUUCCUGCGCAGGCCACCCAUACCCAGCAAAGGGCACCUGGACUUAUGAAGGGCCCGCCAAAAAGCGCCGCCGCUUCCUUAUUUCUUGCCCUUCUAUGGCCAGCCGGCCGGCAGUGGCGCCCAAAUUGUGUUCCAUCUUUGAAAAAAAAAAAAAAAAACCCUCGUGGACAAAACUGGCGGUCUCUAUUAUCUUGUUGGCGGAGCCGGCCCAUGCCUUCGCGCACAGCAGUGGCCAACGUCCGCAUUGGGCCGUGCGAGAACUGCCCAAUGAAAUCGCGCCCUGAGGGUGCCCGGGCUCGCUGUGCCGGAUUCCGUGAAAAGACUCGAAUUCGAGGAAAAAAGAUCCACGGCUCCCCAGAACCAGUGUUUUCAGCAAUCCCGAAAAAUGGCCCUUAUCUCCAGAAUUGCCACCAGAGCCGCCCGCCCAGCGCUUUUUGCUGCCCGCUCUCCUGCCAACACACACCCCAGCACUCAAGUCUAUUGUCCCGAGAACACCGAAAAACUUUGUCCUUUUUAUCGAUCUAGGCGGGUACAACGUUGAAAGUCCCAAAAGAGACAUCGCCGUGGCUCACGAUCACCACUUUAAGAACCCCUUCAUGAUAUCAUA